AUGGUUUCUUUAAUUAUAGUGGGGGUAAUUCUCUUCUGGGGGGCUUUUCCACUCCCCUGGACAACAGCCUUCACACCCCUCUCAUCUACGGGCUCUCUCACCCAUCGAGAAAUCACUCAAAUGGCCAUUCUCCGCAAGACUGCAGAAGUAUGCCGUGACAUAGCCACUGCUGAAGGACAACAAUUCACACUGGUUAUAGACAACAGACUGACUGUAUCUGCUGUCCGAAAAGCUUGUUCAUCCUCUGUCCUGUCUGAACUAAGAUUUUAUGGAGCUAUUUUGGGAAUUUAUUUAAGCAAUGCCGCUAUAGAUGCAGUGUUCGUGCUGAGUGCAAAGCAUCAUGUGGAUAAUGAGGCUUUCAGAGAGGGGCGGAGCCUCAUCACUCAGGGCGUGGCUUCAGUUAAAUUCAGCAUGCAGCAGGGCAGCUAUAUCUGUGCCCGGGUCACACUGGGGGGUGUAUGUCACACUCUACAGGAUUUCUAUAGCCACAGUAACUGGGUGGAAAUGGGAAACACUGUUCCUUUCAGCAACCUAACCAGACCCGAUUUACCUCUCAACAACCUUGCAGGUCCUGAUACACAGACGUGCAGAAACUGCAUUGGGCAAAACUGUGGUGAAAACAUUCUCCCCGAAAUAUUGCUCCAGAAAAAACUAACCUCAGGAUAUUUCAGCCUUUUCUUUUCCACAAAACCUGCAGGCAAGUGUAGUCAUGGUGGGAGUUCUGACAGGACGAGUACAAGAGAACCUGUUGGGGGUAUCAAUAAAGAUGAGAUAAGCUCAAGUCAUGGUUCCUAUCACUAUCGUGCUGCUGACCUGGCGAUAAACGCUACCAUGGAACUGUUGGAGGACAUAAGAUUGGCUGCAGGCAACUUGGCCUUUCUUGGAUUAAUGGGUCUCAGUCGGACCUCAUUGCUGGCUUUUGUGAUUGACACCACAGGCAGUAUGUCUAAUGACAUCGAAGUGGCCAAGAGAGUGUCCUUUAACAUCAUAGACAGCAGAAGAGGAACACCAAAUGAACCUUCAGAAUAUAUUCUAGUCCCAUUUAAUGACCCAGGUUUUGGACCUCUUAUAAGGACUGAGAGUACUGAUAUUUUCAAAGAGCGAAUCAGGUCUCUUUCAGCAUCUAGUGGGGGUGACUUCUCAGAGAUGUGCUUAUCAGGACUGCUGUUGGCACUUGCAGGAGCUCCUCCAUUUUCAGACAUUUUUGUUUUCACUGAUGCUCCAGCAAAGGACUCAGAACUACAGAACACGAUUGAAGCCAUGAUAGAAAGCACCAGAUCAAGAGUCACUUUCAUGUUGACUAAACCCUUCUCAUCCCGUAGAAAAAGGGGCGUUCUGGAAUCUCAGCGGAUUUUAUCAAGAGCAAUGUCUCAGCCAGAAGUACAGCUGUACAGAGACCUGGCCCAUGUUUCUGGUGGACAGGCCAUAGAGGUCACUAAGAGUACACUUUCUCAGGCCACUACAGUCAUAACAGAUGCAUCCACCUCCGCCAUGGCGACAGUUCUUCAGGUGAUGAGAAGCCCAGCCAAGGCAGAAAACUUUUAUUUUGUACUGGAUUCAUCUCUGUCCGACGUGACUUUGUACAUCACUGGGGUUUCACCAAUUUUUACCCUCCACAGUCCCACAGGUGUGUCACAGUCUGGUUCAGAGACAGAUGGCCCUCUGGGUAGCAUCCAGACAGUGGGGAAUCUGUGGAGAGUAAAACUCAACUCUGAUGUUCAGACUGGGGAUUGGAGCAUUAGCAUUAAUGCUACGAGCUACUACAGCAUAAAAGUCAUUGGUCAGAGUUCUGUGGACUUUCUUUUUCACUUUCUUGAGCAGUCUGAGCGAGGUGACCUUACACCCAAAGACAACCGUCCUCUCAUUGGUGAGAAUUCCACUUUGUUUUUGUCUGUGACCGGAGAAGACUCUGUGACAUUGACCGGCGUGUUUCUAGCCGAAGUUUUGGGAUCAGACACUGUUAAUGGUACCAUCACAGCAGUGGGUGGGACGGACUUCCUGGUUUACUUACAAAAAAUCCCAGAGGGUGCAUUUGUGGUCCAAAUGAAAGGACUGUUGAGUAACUCAUCCUCACCUGACCGAUUCCAGAGGCAGUCACCUACCCAAUUUAGGGGCUCAAGAGUUGCCAUAAAGGUUCAGUCAAACGGCAUUGUAGAACCUGGAAACCCUUUCAGUCUGAGCUUUAUACUGGCAACUAAUGCAGCAGGGGGCAACUACACUAUCCAAGCCAGGACUGACCGCAACUUCAACGUAUCUGUCCCCGGGUCCUUAACCCUGGAUGAAGGGGGCAGCGCUCAGGGGACCCUAACACUGAUCGCACCCUCUGACACAGAAUCAGGCUCUGAUGUCACACUCACCAUUACGGCAGUAGAUCCAGGGUCCACUGACUCGAAUUAUGUAACACUGAGACUCGCUAUUAUGGCUAAGGUGACUGAUUUCACGAGACCUGUGUGUCAGGUAGUGAGCAUUAAAGCUGACUGCCCUGUGGUGUGCAGCAGUGCAUCAUGGGAACUCUAUGCCAAUUUGACGGAUGGUAAUGGUACAGGCAUAGCCAAAGUGUUCAUAAACAUCGGCAACGGCUCUCUCAGUUUAAGUCAGGUGAUGAGUGAGAAUGGCACCUUUGUGACCAUAGCUUUUUACAAUGCUUCCUGCUGUUCUCCGGAGGUGCAGGUAGUGGCUGUAGAUGAAGUGGGAAACGUGGGGACAUGUUUCACUUCUAUAAAGAGGAUAUCUGAUAAUAACACAAUAGCAAUACCUACCACGAACACCAUAUUUAGCAGAUGCUACUUUGUGUCAUUUUCUUUGUAUCUGUUGCUUUGCAACUUAAUUGUUUACUUUGUGUGGUAAAAAGAACACUAAUAGUGCAUUUUUAAGGUCAUACUAACAUAAUUUACUAGAUUUUACUAUCGCUGAAAAAUGUGACUCCACAUCAGUUAGAGUUUUAAAGACUUUCACCUAUAGUACACUCUCCCUUUGAAAUCCCACCAUACACCUGUUACACAAAUAUUUAAUGUGAAAACAGCAGAUUAUUUUCAUUGGUACAUCCAAUCAGGGAAACCAAUCUAGAACAUCAGAGGAACUGAUAAAAAAUACACAUCAUGGUCAUGCAUUGUUUCAUUUGUUAUUCAUUAAAUAACUGUGUGUAAAUUCAUGACUCCUAAAGUUUUCUACAUUGUUGAUAAGCAUUCUCACAUUCUCAGUUUGUGUGUAUUUGUGUGUAUUUUGCUAUAUCUUUUAGAAACCAUUACUGGCAAUAAUAUGCAAUG